AUGAACAACACCGCCAAAGCCUGUGGCUGCAGCAUUGACCGCAUCUUGUUCCAAGACGAGCAGUACAUCUUCAUUACUGAUGCACAAAAGCAGUCGGAUACGCCAGCCGGGAAGUCUUAUGUCGCUUACAGCAUUCGUUUAUCGGAUAUUGAAACAAGACGACGCUACAGCGAAUUCGAAUCUCUACGAAAGGCAUUGUGUCAUUUGCAUCCGUAUCUUAUUGUGCCGCCUAUUCCAGAAAAGCACUCGCUGGUGGAUUAUGCGGCACUUCAAACACGUGUCAAGGAUGAUCUAGCCAUGGUCAAGAAACGCAAACGCAUGCUGCAGACCUUUUUAAACCGGGUAGCAAGGCAUCCACAGCUAGGACGAGAUCAUGUAUUUCACCGUUUCCUGGAGAAUGGUGUCAUUUGGUCCGAUGUGCUUCAUUCCCCUCCAUUAUCAACAUUGCCAAGGAACCCACUACAUAUGAUCCUCAGCAAAGAUUCCGAUUUACAGCAUCGCAACAUCCUACUCGCCAGCAACUUGAUCCCGAUACCAUCACCAACGUAUAUCCUAAAGACACCCAAUCCUCAGUUUGAAGAAUCAGAAAAGUUCACCUUCCGCAUUGCAAAUUACAUGGGCAACAAUCUCGACAAGAGCCAACGUAAAGUCAUUCGUCGAUUAGGAGAGCUUGCAAACGACUAUGCAGAGUUGGGUGCUGUAUACAAUGGAUUCAGUUUGAAUGAGUCGGGCGCAUUAGCCAAUGCUAUUGAAAAGAUUGGACAAGCCGUCGAUACUUCCUACACAGAGACAGCUCAAAUGGUUGCUUCAUUGGAAGGUGACUUUUCGGAGCCUAUUCAGGAACAUUCGCAGUUUGCACAGAUCGUGAAGCAAGUGCUACGAUUCCGCCAUAUGAAGCACGCCCAAGUCGAAAUGAUUGAAGAUUCUCUGGGGAGCAAAAAGGAAACAUUGGAAAUGUUGCAACAAAUGGAAAGUGAAGCACAGCGAUUGGAACAUGCUAUCAGUAGUCCAGAGAUAUCCAAUGGCGGCGCUGAUGAUGGCACUACAGCUGAGCAACUCAACAACAAUAGCCCUAUCUCCUCGAAUACCCAAGUGCUCGCUCGACGAUCUACUACGAGACCAUGGUCAAGUCCUGUACGCAUGAUGAACGCAGUGGGCCACCAAUUACAAGGCAUGAUCGAUGUUGAUCCUGAAGCAACACGCCGUAACCAAAUUGGAAAGACAAAGGAUGCCAUGGAGAUGUUGCAAGGUGCUUUGGAUGUUACUCGCAAAGAUUUGACCGAGAUAUCAAGCGAAUUGAAAACAGAGUUGGAUCGGUUUCAGCGUGAAAAGGUCAAAGAUCUUCGUGACAUGUUGAUUGCUUAUGCGAAAAUUCAUGCACGUUAUUGUCAAAAGAACCUUGAAUCAUGGCAAGAAGUUAGAGCAGAAAUUGAUAAGAUUCCUAUGGCAUAA